CUUGUCCAGAUUCUGAUUGACGCGGGUAGGGCAACUUCAAUAAAGGAGCGUGAAACACACGCUCAUUUUCUCCAUCAAAGCUUGGACACAAUGGAGUGGUAUAAACGUAGUCACGCUGGUGACAACAGGUAGGUCCAAUACCUUUGUUGGUGAGGAGGGUUUAACAGGAUAGAGUGAGUCUACAAUCUCCAUGGAAGAAGCAUCACCACCAUCGCUUCCGAGAAAGAGAGGGAGGCCAAAAACCAAGAACAAAGAAGAAGAUGUGAAGAUGAAAGACAAAAAGGGCCAACAACAGCCUCCUCCUCUUCCUCCUCCGGUCGAUGAGAAGUACAAUCAGUGGAAGUCUCUCGUCCCCAUUCUUUAUGACUGGCUCGCUAAUCACAACCUCCUCUGGCCCUCUCUCUCUUGCCGGUGGGGUCCAAUGAUUGAGCAAGGGCCUCAAAAGAAUCGACAACGUCUCUACCUUUCUGAACAGACUGAUGGUAGUGUUCCUAAUACUCUGGUCAUUGCAAAUUGCGAAGUAGUCAAAUCUAGGGUUGCAUCCGCGGAGCACAUAUCACAGUUUAAUGAAGAAACACGCUCGCCAUUUGUGAGGAAGCACAAAACUAUCAUACAUCCUGGAGAGGUGAACAGAAUAAGGGAACUCCCACAAAACAAUAAGAUAGUGGCAACCCACACUGACUGCCCCGAAGUUCUGAUUUGGGAUAUCGAAGCUCAACCAAAUCGUCAUGCUGUCCUGGGAGCGGGUGAUUCUCGUCCAGAUUUGGUAUUGACAGGACAUCAGGAUAAUGCAGAAUUUGCUCUUGCAAUGUGUCCAACUGAACCCUUUGUCCUCUCUGGAGGCAAGGACAAAUCCGUGGUUUUGUGGAGUAUUCAUGAUCAUAUAUCAACACUGACCACAGAUGCAUCUACCAAGCCUGUAGAAUCUGCUGGAUCGAUCAUUAAAGCUGCUGAUAACUCAUCUAUUGGACCACGUGGGAUCUUCCAAGGGCAUGAGGAUACUGUUGAAGAUGUGCAGUUUUGUCCGUCAAGUGCACAGGAAUUCUGUAGUGUAGGUGAUGAUUCCUGCCUAAUAUUAUGGGAUGCACGAACUGGCUCUAGCCCAGUUGUCAAGGUUGAAAAAGCACAUAAUGCCGACCUUCACUGCAUUGAUUGGAAUCCUCAUGAUGUAAACUAUAUUCUAACUGGGUCCGCGGAUCAUUCUGUUUGCAUGUUUGAUCGUCGAAAUCUAACUUCUAGUGGAGUAGGGUCACCCAUCCAUAAAUUUGAAGGUCAUAAAGCUGCUGUACUUUGUGUGCAGUGGUCUCCAGACAAGUCAUCGGUCUUUGGAAGUUCUGCGGAAGAUGGUAUUUUAAACAUUUGGGAUUACGAGAAGGUUGGUAUAAAGAGAGAACGUGGAACAAGAACUCCAAAUUCCCCACCUGGGUUGUUUUUCCAACAUGCUGGGCACAGGGAUAAAGUAGUUGACUUUCACUGGAACGCAGCUGAUCCAUGGACUGUUGUUAGUGUAUCUGAUGACUGUGAUACCAGUGGUGGGGGUGGUACAUUACAGAUAUGGCGCAUGAGCGAUUUGAUCUACAGGCCAGAAGAGGAGGUUUUGGCUGAGCUAGAGAAGUUCAAAGCACAUGUAGUUUCUUGUAGUCCGAAGACGUGAAAGCAUAGAAUGCAAACAAUAUUCGCAGAAUCUUUGAAAGUAGAGAAUGUUACAACACUCGGUUUUUGCUCUAUAGCAUCUUUUAGCCCUUUGUUAGCUAUUUUGGGAUGUUCAGCACAGCCGUUAAGUUAGUAUUUACUUUCUUUUGGUUGUCAUAUUGUUUAGUGGAAAAUGAUAUUUACAAGUCUCGGGUGGUGGUUACCGACUGAUGUGUCUCAUUCAUUGAGUUAGACACACGCUAAGAGGAGAGUGAGUCUAUCCUAACUUAUUUUGGCAGUCCUUGUUUGGACGCUAUAUAAUGGAGGCCUGUAGUACUUACUACUCUUAUCUAAAUACUUUCUUUAUUUGA